CGCUAUUUUGUUAUUUAUGGUUCAUUGCAUUUUCGUAAGUGUUUUCAUUGGUUAAUGCGAUAUGAGCUUUGUACAAGCAAAUUUUCAAGAGUGCAAGUCAGUUCCUGAAACUUUGCAAUGGCAUAUCGCAGGGGAACCUGAAAAACACACUCUCUGUAGCAAUGGGUUGGCUGUGGUUCCUGGUUUUGAAACUGACUUUUGGAAAAACACAUAUUAUGAUCCAGUGCUUCGGGCUCAUAGUGGAAAUGUUCUUGGAUUGGAAACCGAAGAAAAAAUGUUCCUUGCUGAAACACAAUUUUCAUUUGACCCAAAGAUGAAAUUUGACCAAGCUGGUAUCUUUAUUGGCCAAGAUGAAAAGACUUGGUUGAAAGCUGGUGUUGAAUAUGUAGAUGGCAAAGCUUGGCAAAGUGUUGUUACUACUAGGGAUGAGUUCUCUGAUUGGUCAAAAUCCACCGAGUCUUGGCCAGUAGGAAAAGAUAUCUAUCUUCGUGUGUAUAGGCAAGGAACCAGUUAUGUGGUUGAAGUUAGCCAGGACGGCAUCGACUACAAAUUUGUUCGUAUCUCUCACAUGCCUACUAAUGGCAAGGUGUUGGUCGGUAUAAUGGCGUGCCGACCAUCCAAAAAUGAUGGUUCACAAACCAGUAAAGAUCUCGCUGUUACAUUCCGUUAUUUCAGUUUGGAAGAGAAUAAGGGCUAUCAUCAUAAUGCUGAAUGAGAGUAGUUGUGUAAUUAAAACUAUUUGAUUUAACUAACUCACUAAUUAUGCAGUAAACCUUUCAUAUACUUUGUUAUGUAAUCAUAGUGUACUAAUCCCCUAAUUUAGAACUUUAGGCUUAAGUUCAGUAAUUAGUAUUUCACAGCAAUAGUUACUAGUUAGUGUUUGUUUUUAUAGCUUACACGAAUGAUUUCUUUUGUGCUGAAGUGGUGCUUGAAUUGCUAUGGAAAUAUUUCUAUAAUUAACCACUAAUGUCAUAAUCUCCAAUUUCUGUUUGUGUUUCAGUAUAUGUAAUUAACAGUAAUUAAAACAAAACAUGUUUACAUGGAACAUAUAAUGAACUUUUAAUGUGCAUAUUUCGACUUUGUUUAGUUAGUGGUAUUUUUAAACUUUGUCCGUAUCACGCCAUGUGAAAGUCCCUUGUGUGGAAUAAAUGUAUCCAAGCAUCUAGUA